UUGCGUGCUAGUGUUGACCUUACAGACGAAAUACGGUUAAUACUGCGUUAGCGAAGUACUAAACACAUAUAAUCAUGUUAAAAUUAGUGAAAAAUGCACAUAAUAUAAACAACUGCGUGAAAGUUUCGCGACAAGUUAUUGGAUCUUUAAAUGGAGAGCUUGCUGCUCCUGUUCUCGUUUCUGAAGAAAAAGUGAAAAUACCGUCUCCUCCACAGAGAUUAACAGAGUAUAGUUUAUUGGCUGCAGCACCGAAAGGGCAGUUAUUUGUUCAGACAGGAUGUGUUGGAGCUUUAAGUCAAGUACGUCUUGCACAUACUGAUGUACAGGCUCCAGACUUUGAUUUUUACCGAAGAAAGGAAGUUAAAGACCCUACCAAAUCAUCUCGAGAGUCUGAAGACUACCGUAAAGCUUCAAGCUACAUGGUUAUGGCAGUUGGUGGUAUUGGAGCUGCAUAUGCUACAAAAAAUACUGUCACAAAGUUUAUUGCUUCGAUGGCUGCUAGUGCUGAUGUGUUAGCUUUGGCGAAGAUAGAAAUAAAGCUUUCAGACAUACCAGAAGGGAAGAACAUGACCUUCAAAUGGAGAGGCAAACCAUUAUUUGUUCGACAUCGCACUCCAGAUGAAAUUCAGAAAGAAUCUACUGUAGAUUUAUCUAGUCUACGGGAUCCUCAGAGUGAUGCCGAGAGAGCUACAAACCCAGAGUGGUUAGUUGUCAUUGGUGUUUGCACUCAUCUUGGAUGUGUUCCACUUCCUGGAGUUGGCGAUUAUGGUGGUUACUUUUGCCCAUGCCAUGGAUCACAUUACGAUGCAUCCGGCCGUAUCAGAAAAGGUCCUGCUCCUCUCAACUUGGAAGUGCCCCCUUAUGAAUAUACUAGUGAUGAUACAUUAAUUGUAGGUUAAAAUAUUCAAAUAAAUAAACACAAGUCUGAGACAAAAUAUUAUUUAUAUGGAAAAAGUGAUUUAAAUAACAGUUCACAAAAAUUGUAGAAAAAUGUACAGCUGAACAAUAAAUUCUAAUUGGCUUUGUAUAGUAAA